AUGAAAAUAUGUUCCAAUCCAUUGGAUACGGUACGAUCUACUGGAUCGAACCAACAAUGGUGUAUUCCAUUACCAACUUGUUAUUCAACAAUUAUUCCAUAUGUACCUACUAAUGUUGAAUAUAAUGGUCAACAAACAUCGAAUACUACUACUGCUUUUUGUUCCGAUAUUAAUAAUUAUAAUGGUAUGAAUAUCAUAGAUUCAUCAUUGUGUGCUGAGAGUCAAUUAAUUCAACGUAUUCGACAGAAAAUUGAUCUUUAUCAAACACCAUCAUCAAAUGAUGCGCAUCAAAUUCUUCAAUAUUUAACAGAUACUGUAAAAAAACAUGUACCAGAUUUUGUUUUUAAGGAAACAACUGAUAGCAAUAUACGAGAACAAAUCAAACCAAAAAGUAGUCAAUUAGAAUCAAAUAUUCAACAAGAUGUAGUGUCAACAUCUAGUAGUAAAAAAUCAAAAUCAAGAAGUCCUUCAUUUCUACAACGUAUUACCAACAGAAAAUUUACAAAUAAACGUUCAUUAUCGAAAGAUUCUUCAUUUCACUCGACAAACUUAUCUGUUGAUAGUAAUCGAAUGGUUAAAGGUUCAAGUCAAUUUUCACCUACUCGAAAUGUACAAUUCUCAUCAAAAUUAAAUGAAAAUGACUUUGAAAACGUCGAUAACAACGAAUUACAACAUGCAAUACAUAAUAAAAUAACAAAUAGUAGUGAUCAAGAUAAGUCAACAAUGAAUUUUUCAACUCCAAAUAUUAGUAUUCAUCAUCCUGGCAAUGAUCAUAUUACAAGUGCAAUUAAUUUGAAGAGCAAUCAAUAUCUUUCACCAUCUUACCGUUCACACCGAACGGAUAAAAGAUCUUCAAGAAAACAGACUACCUCUACAAUUCAAUCACCAACAAAUUCUACUAUUGAUAUUGAACAACAAAAAUUGCACACACAAUCAUUGACACCAAACUCUUUACGAAGAUCACCGUCUGAUAAUAGUCAAUAUAACAGUCAAGUGCAACAUACAUCAAUAGAAAAAAUGGGAAAACGAAAUAAUUGGCUGGAAAAGUAG